ACCGUUGGAAGAUACGCACGUACGUCCUGGUCUCUCUUUUUCAAACCCUUUAUCUUUGUGAUCUUAAAUAACACACGACAAAAAGGUUGUGAUUAUAUAUCGACAUGCGUGAAAUUGUUCACAUACAAGCUGGCCAAUGUGGUAACCAGAUAGGGUCAAAGUUCUGGGAGGUGAUAAGCAUCGAGCAUGACAUCGCACCCACGGGAGAGUAUGUCGGUCACCACGAACUGCAGCUCGAGCGCAUCGACGUCUACUACAACGAGGCGUCAGGUGGCAAAUACGUGCCGCGAGCCAUUCUAGUGGACCUGGAGCCCGGGACGAUGGACUCGGUCAGAACUGGACCCUUCGGCGCACUGUUCAAACCUGAUAACUUCGUCUUCGGUCAGAGUGGCGCGGGCAACAACUGGGCCAAAGGGCACUACACGGAGGGCGCCGAGCUCGUCGAUAACGUCAUCGACGUGGUCAGGAAGGAGGCGGAGGGAUGUGACUGCCUUCAGGGCUUCCAGCUCACCCACUCUCUGGGGGGCGGCACUGGGUCAGGUCUCGGUACCCUCCUCAUCUCAAAGAUCAGGGAGGAAUAUCCUGAUAGGAUUAUGAACACUUUCUCCGUCGUGCCAAGCCCUAAAGUAUCGGACACAGUCGUUGAACCCUACAACGCAACUCUGUCAAUGCAUCAGCUGGUUGAAAACACCGAUGAAACUUUCUGUAUCGACAAUGAAGCUCUUUAUGACAUAUGUUUCAAGACGCUUAAAUUGACCACACCGACCUACGGUGACUUGAACCACUUGGUGUCACUGACGAUGUCGGGGGUGACGACAUGUUUGCGGUUCCCAGGACAACUGAACGCCGACCUGCGCAAGCUGGCCGUCAACAUGGUGCCCUUCCCCAGGCUUCAUUUCUUCAUGCCGGGCUUUGUUCCACUCACCGCUAGAACGUCGCAGCAAUACCAACCGAUGACAGUCCCGGAGCUAACGGCUCAGAUGUUCGAGCCAAAAAACAUGAUGGCAGCCUGCGACCCGAGGCAUGGCCGAUACCUCACCGUGGCCACGGUUUUCAGAGGCAGGAUGUCCAUGAAGGAAGUUGAUGAACAAAUGCUCAGCGUACAGAAUAAAAAUUCUUCCUACUUUGUCGAGUGGAUCCCAAACAACGUGAAGACUGCGGUGUGCGACAUACCGCCUCGAGGCAUGAAGAUGUCAGCCACAUUCAUCGGUAACUCGACAGCCAUACAGGAGCUCUUCAAGCGGAUUUCGGAGCAGUUCACGGCGAUGUUCCGGCGGAAGGCUUUCCUGCAUUGGUACACGGGGGAAGGUAUGGACGAAAUGGAGUUCACGGAGGCGGAGUCCAACAUGAACGACCUCGUGUCAGAGUAUCAGCAGUACCAGGAGGCUACUGCUGACGAGGGACUUGAAUACGAAGACGAUGAAGAGGACGAACUCGCCUACAAUGAAGUAUAAAACCGAAGCUUACACUCGAAGAAAAAUGUGAGACUUUUUCCAAAUAAUGAUGCCCUUUUUGCCCUAUGUGUGGAUCAUACUAUACUAGUUUGGCACAGCAAAAGGGCGUAGCGCACUACGUUCAAAAGGGCGUGCUACUGCCAUUAUCUGCUCGUGCUGUGCCUGAGAAAGUGUGUCACUAUUUGAACAAAAUGACUCCUCCUUUUUUCUCAAUGCGUAUUUCAUGUUUGAAAUGCGAGUGGCUUGGUAAAGAUAAAGAUAAAUGUUGAAGGUUGAAAAUGGGUCCAUGGAACGUUAGAAUUAUUGAACGCGUCUAAUUUUAUGGGCAUAAUGUUACUGUAAAUCGAUACAUAAUCUAAGAGUAUUGAAAAAUACAACGCGAAGCAUGCGCUUUCAUUGCAAUACGUGUUAGUUAAGUAAGAUUAUAGGAAUUAGAUAAAAAUUUCGUUCAUUUUAAACUUACCUUAGUAAUUAUAGUUUUAACAUUUGUUCCACACGACAUAGAAAACAACAGGUUUCUACCUAAUACACAAUUAAAUUGAUACCGAUUCUCGGAUAAUAAUAACUCAGGUUUAAAAACAUUUUUAAGUAGCAAGCAAUUCAUGCAGGAAAUUAACGACAUGAAAGCUAGUCCCUUAUUGCAUUAUUUCUUCCUUAUUUAUUUAUUUCAUUUAUUUCAUCCUUAUAU